AUGAACCCCGGCCAAGAGGUGUACACCGUUUUCGACCGUGGAAACUACAUUCUCGCAAGGAUGUAUGUGGCACUGUUUACAUUUGUCAUUCGGAUUUUCCAGCGCAUGCCAACUCUAGACGCAGCUGAAUCGACCAUGGCUGUACAUAUUUGCGCCAGCCAUUGGAUAAAUAGUGGAUAUGCAUUCGGAGGCGAGCUGGUUAUCUCUCAGUAUAAAACAUAUCUAUCUAUCUAUCUAUCUAUCUAUCUAUCUAUCUAUCUAUCUAUCUAUCUAUCUAUCUAUCUAUCUAUCUAUCUCCAUUCUAAAUAUAUAUAUACUCACACAUAUACACACAUAUCUCUCUCCCAUUCUAAAUAUAUCAGACGUUUCAUUCUUUCUCUACAGCAGUUAAGUGUACUCCUGCUCGAAGCAACUUCUGACGAUGUCUCCUAUUUCUUCCUGAAACGUUAUCUCAGCUAUGACCACCCCACUAUCCUACUACCACCGGUCUGGAGUCUUGUUUACUUAAUUUCGGAACAGACCAGAUUUGCCCGAAGGAAGAAGAGUUUCCGCCAAAAAGAAGCAGAAAUUACUACUGCCAUCCCGGACCCAUUUCUUCCGAGAUGUCUUGGCCUGACACGCGCCGGUCAGCCAGAUGACCACCGUCGACUUUACCCCUUGUCGAAAAGUAAUUCAUACAGCCGCGGCAUCACGGCUCUUAUUUCCGGCUUCGCUUUUGAUGUCUGUCUUUUGUCUUUCGAAUUCCCCACCGUCAACCAUAUCUUGUUUCGAACUUUCUUUUCUUCUCUGAAUUACCUUUUCUUUUAUUUCUUUUUUGUCUUCUCUUUUAUUAUCAAUGACCAAUCCUUUUCGUCUACUUUUUUUAUUUUCGAUGUCUUACAUCGUUUUCGUUUUUUUAUCUUCUUCCAUUUUCUUCUCAGUGAUUUAUAUCUUCUUUUUCUUUUUCUAUUUCUAUUGCUUCUUCUUCGUCUUCUGCAUUAUUGUCAUGAAUUAACUUUUCUUUUACUACUAAUUUUUCUUCUAUUUUAUUAUCAACGACUUACUCUUUCUUCUAUUUUAUAUUCUCCGACUUUUUUUUUCUUCCAUUUUAUUUUCAAUGAUUUACCGGGUCUUCUUUUUCCUUAUUUUCUAGAACUAACUACUUCUACUUUUUUCUGCAUCUUCUAUUAUAUUUUAUAUCUCUUUUUGUUUUUUCAUAUUUUUUAUUUUAUUUAUUUUUUUUAUUUUCCUAUUCUUUCUUUCUUCUUUUCUUUUUUUGUAUACUUCUUCAAACUUUCUUUUUAUUCCUAUUCUCAUACAAUUUCUUCAUUUAAAACAACAAUGUCGUCAUUUCGUUAUUUCUUUUCUUUCUCCUUCCCGUUCAACCUUCUUCAUAUUUUUCGCCCUUCCCUCAUUCUCACUCAUUUUUUUUUCUUUUUCUUUCCAUCUUACUCUCUUUUCCUUUGUCUUUUUUCACCCUUACUUUCAAUAUCUUAUCCGCCUCUUAUUUCUCUUUUAUCUCUGACCCACCCAUCUAUGCUCUCCAAUUUCCUGGCUCACGAUUUACUUUACUCUCCCAUUACUCUCCUCCUUCAUUUUCCACACCAUCUCUACCUCAAUCUGUUCACAUGUAUCUAUCUAUCUAUCUAUCUAUCUAUCUAUCUAUCUAUCUAUCUAUCUAUCUUCCCCUUAUACAUAUCUAUCUAUCUAUCUCUAUCUAUCUUCCCCUUAUUCAUAUCUAUCUAUCUAUCUAUCUAUCUAUCUAUCUAUCUAUCUAUCUAUCGACAAUUUUUCAUAUCUAUCUAUCUAUCUAUCUAUCUAUCUAUCGACAAUUUUUCAUAUCUAUCUUCCCCUUAUUCAUAUCUAUCUAAUUUCUUAAUCUAUUGUAUCUAUCUAUCGAUCAAUUUUCUAUAUAUCUAUCUAUCUAUCUAUCUAUCUAUCUAUCUAUCUAUCUAUCUAUCUAUCUAUCAUUAUUCAAAUAUGAGCUUAUAUUGUUAA